AUGCAGACAUGCACAUACCCCCCGGGGCCCUUGAAGCCUGGGCCCAAGAUCGGCUCGCUGCGGCAGAGAAAACGUUCGCGUGCCGCCCUCGACGACGGGCCCGAGCCUGCGACUGCUGCAUCAUAUCGGGAGCGCAAUGAGAGCCCAAGUCUCCAAGCUGAUGCCGCUGGUGAUGGCAUAUUAUUGUCGUCUGUUGCCGAGGCGAAGGCACUUGAUCUCUCAUUUAUCCUGCACCCUGCCCACGCGGCAUCUCCGCCAGAUAACCAAGACCUAGGGUCGCGAAAGGAUUCAUCAGGCGAUAUUCAUACUAGAAGUGCUAUCAAGCAAGCAUGCAGCACCCUGGGCGUCGAUCUGAAGGAGGCCGAGCAAUUAUUGACAGCAUAUUUCGACAACAUGGUAGCCAUUAACCUCUUCCACGAGCCCACCUUCUCAGAUAAACUCUCUCGAAUCUCGUCUCCGGCCCUGGUGGUUGCCCUGCUGGCGGCCAUGUUCACUUUUGCCGUCCGUUUUCGUCCAGGCGAGGAGGACAUCAACCAGCGAGCGACGCGGUUCCUGAAAUUAGCAUUGCAGCAUAUAGACAAGGCACUCGACGAGUGCGGCGACAAUACUCCGCCAUUAUGCCUGCUCCAGGCGUCCAUUCUAGCCGCCCACUGCCAAUUGACCCAAGGGGUUCUCGGUAGGGCAUGGCGCGCGCUUGGGAUGUGCGUUCGGCUGGCAUACGAGAUGAACCUUCAUUUAGUGGACUCGCAAAGCCAUGGGGAUACCGGUGACUCUGUGCACGUAGAGAAAUGGUGUGACGAUGAAGAGAAACGCCGUGCGUGGUGGGCGAUAUGGGAAAUGGAUGUCUUUGCAACUACCAUCCGACGAACACCCACAGGCUUAGACUGGUCGCAGAUAGAGAUCUUGCUACCGGUUGAUGAUGAGGCCUGGUUUCAGCGAAAGCCACAGCCGAGCUGCUUUUUCGAACAGGAUCCUAUGCGUCGUUGGAAGGGCCUCGACAGCUGCAACAAUCAGUCGCCGAAAGCGUGGUUCAUCGUGAUCAACUCCCUGAUGAAGGAGGCCCAGCGAAUAUCCAGCCCUCGAGGGAUCCCCAGCCAAUCACGGUCGGAUCAUAUCGAUGAUGCUAGCCACCGACUUGAGGUCAUCGCGAACGCCGUUCGCUGCUUUCAACUUGCUCUGCCGGGUCAUCUCAAGUACAAUCACCAGCAUCUGACCUUCGAUGCGCGGGUUCCCGGUCAGGCCACGUCCUCUCGACAGAUGCACAGCUCGAUCUACAAUAUACACAUAAUGACGCAGCUUGCCCGGUUGAUGAUCUAUCGGUACGACGUCUUCAGGGGCCGCUUCCGAGUCGCCCUUCCGACUCAUGAGAGCGAACGCAACAGCCGUGACAACUCCCAUACAGCGAAGGAGGACGACCAGUCCAGCGUUAAGGAAUAUUUCGAUGCAGCAGACAGCAUUCUUGCUAUUAUAAAUCGCAGCAGCGACGAUCACGUUCGGCACAUUAACCCGUUCCUCUCGAGCACCAUUUGGCUGGCCUCUGCGGUUCAACUUAUGCGUAGCCAACUCUGUCGUCCUGGGGCACUAAAGUCCGCCAUGAAGUCUCGCUAUGAGGUGCUUAAUCUGACAUACAAAAAGUGUAGCCGGUUCUGGGACAUCCAUACUGCGGUUCAGCAGAACCUCGAAACGCUGGAGGAGCAGUUGGAAGCUUGCAAACAGGGAAGCCAAACACCAGCACCCUCAGGUAACCCUCACUCUUCGCGACGCCAUGAGUCGCGCGUGUCUCCAGGGGUGGCAGCCAGUCGUGGUCAGAAUACAGUUACUGGCAAUCGGCCUAAUUCUGCUACAGCGUUCACACCUACUCAAACCGCAAGCAAUACCGAAUUUGCAGCCCUCCCCAGCCCUCCACAGAGUCACAUAAUGCCGCAGGACGAGUUACAGGCAGACAAGGCAGGCGACGCGAACAGCGCCUCGAUGCUCGAUUUUAUGCCGCUGCAGGGAAUGGAUUCUCAGCCGAUGCCCAGCCAGUUCAUCUCCGCUACGCUGGUCGACCCGAUGUUCCUGUUUGGCACAAAUUCACCCUCUCUGGACUUUAAUCGAUUGUGGGAAAUGGAACCUUUUGAGUACGAGACGCCGCAGCUGGAUACAGAGUAUAUGCCCGCAGUAUAA